AAAUGCGCUCAGUUAUCAAUGUAACUCGUAUGCGGUGGACCAACGACACCUCAUUGUCCCAAUAUAGUCCACACUGUUCUCCUGAACAUGUGUACUGGGAAAAGAAUUCUAAAAAGGUAAAAUUUAUAUGCAUUGUGGACCAAACGGUCAAAAUUCCAUUUCGCGAGAUGACAACGAAGACGAUCGUAACCGGCGUGCUCCAGUAUUUAGUAGUAAGUUAAGUAUGAAUGCUAGAUGUCAGAGAGUAGAAAUAACUACUGCCCGACAAAAUCGCGCAUCUAUACUGCGUAUCACUACAAACAGAAGUCAACAUAGUCAGGAUAUUCGAACACUUCUUCUUGUAUUCGGUACAAGGACAAAAGAAAAGUCACCACAAAAGGACUCUGCACACCUGCGGAAAUUAAGGAAAUAUCAAGGAGCGGUUCAUCAUUAGCGGCUCCUGUGAAAACGUGUCAUUACAAUGAUAAAACACUACACUUAGGUGACCUGAGACCGUCAGUAACAAGCAUCAACAAGAGUUGUGUUGUGCCAUCUAAUACACAUGUUCCAGGAUUGGGAACAGCACAAACUUCGCGAAUCAAGCAAAGCGAAUUAGUUGACAGCUCCUUGAAUAAUUCGCAAGUGGAGUCUAAGCCGCAUUGCUUCGUUACAUCUGAGAUGAAUAAAAAGAAAGAGAUAUCCUCAUGCCUUGGAGACAAUCGUACCCAGCUUGAGCGAGAGAAGUAUCCUACAUCUAACAAGGAAGGCAGUGUAAUGGACAUGGAGCGUCAUCCUUCUUUGGAUAAUGAGAUGGGUCCACCAAAAAUUGAUAACGCACAAGAAGUCUCAGAAAUCACUACAUGCACAACGCCAGUUACCAUGAAAAAAGAACCGGCCACGGAAACAAAACCACCUACAAGCGACAACUCUUGUCAAACGAGUUUCCGCGAGACAAUCACAUGUCCGCUUCGAAGCUGCGGCGAAAGUCCAGUAUUUCAGAAAGAUUCGUUCUCCUUCACUACCGAUAAGAUAAGCAGAUUAAAUUUGCUCGUUAAAAAAACGUUUGCGUGUAUCAGAGCGAAACGCUUCAAUGACACCGUUGCUGCAGAACAGCGGAGUCAGCGAAUUGAACAUCAAUUCCGAGAUCCAGUAAUAUUUACCGCUGCACGAUGCAAUACGCGACCGGAUUCGGCUGUUUACACGAACUCCAGAUCAAGUGAUACUGUGGAGGUGGGACGCUUCCGCGUUCCGAAAGGUGAAUAUACUUCAUAUACGAAAAGGCAGCUACACUUGGUUUGUAGUCGACUGCUAAAUCUGAACAGGCAGCGUCUUCAAGAAGUGGCAUUUGUUACAAAAGAAUUUAGCGCCGUUCAUGAAAUUCUCUCGGAGUUGCUGAACCAGCUUCAGCGCGUGUCCCUUACAUUAAACGAACAACAUGGUGCGGUGCGAGGUUUGACAAAGCUAAUGGAAGAAUUAAUAUCAUCCCGGUACUCUCCAGUUCGAUCUCAGCCUUAUUGUGAUUACGCACACAAAUCCCCCGAUCGCAUGCAGAGCUACACGGCUGUGGAAGAGACAUCUUCUCGCCCAACCAUUUGUCCAUCGACUAGACCUCAGUCGCAAACAAGAACGCCAUGCCACCGUGGUGAACCUUCGACUUUUAAUAGAAGAACAGAUCCAGUAUUUCAAGAGGGCUUGAACCAAGUCUACAUGCACGACAAAAGUAUGUCAACUGAUGUGGGAAGCGACGUUGGGAAACUGGAUGAAAUUAUGGUCACCCAAGGUUCAAGCUGCUUAUCCGAAAGCAUUAUCGGAACAAGCAGUCCCAUUAAUCAGUCACUAAAGACUGCAUCUUUGCGCGCGGAGCAUAAUAAAGACACUACAACAUCCCAUAGACCCAGUAUAAUGCACGAUGAACUGAUUUCCACGACACAGCCUAUCCCCCAUCUUCCCACUUCACAAUGCAGCGAAAAGGGCGAUGGGCUGUUCGACAUUAAUCCAACCGACUUAAUAAGCUCAAUGCCAUCGAGUCCAUGCUCCUCUGAGCCAACGCCGCCCACGAUGAUUGAGGGUGCAUUUGUCAAAAAUGAUAUUGCCUCACGAGGAUUGAAGCAAUACUACCGCAUUGAUUACUUGGAAUCGGAUGGCGGUAAAUGUGCCGACCCAAAUUCGCUCACAGCAUCGGCCACAUCAAGUUUUAAUGGAGAAGGUCAAGCUAGAUCAUCAAAAGAAGUGGUGAAGUUUGCUAAGCAACUUCUGGAGUCCGAUAGGACUAGGAAAUGGCAGAACCACCGACGAUCCGAUUGCAUGAGUAGUCGAAAGGGACUUAAAAACUGUUCUCAAGUCCCAGAACAACGCGUUUGCACGGGGUACCAGUUGCAUUCCUGUAACAAGUUAACACAUGCAAGGCGUAAUUCGCUGAACGCGCACCGUAGAAACAGGACAGGUGAACGCUUUACGCCGGAUUCAGGGAGAAGUCCAGAGGUUCGAGUAACCUGCUUCGGUGAUGUCACUACAGAUUCACUUCCCCCGAGAAUGGUUCCUAGAUCAAAGAAGGUACGACCUAAAUAUGAGCCUUUAUCAUCCCAACCACAUACAAAAAGUGAAGACGGUAUAAAACGGGUGUGGGAAAAUACAGGUGAUCCUGGGCACCACUCAAGUAACCAAACAAGUUCAAUCAGAGAGUGUAUCCCACUGGAGGCCAAAGGUAAUCGUAAAAGUGAGGUCAAUAGUAUAGGCACACUUGAAAAGAACCAAAUAUUCGGUUACCGGAAUCCAAUGUUUUUCAAAGACACGGCGGAUGCUUAUGGCAGAAGGUGUGGCUGUAGUCCGAUCCACACUGAAAGAUGUUCUUCAGGGUGGUCCCUCGUGGGUGGAAGCAAUAAUAACAGCGCUUAUUUGGGUGUGUCAGAGACGACGGAUCAAAAAUAUCACCUUUCGGAUUGUGGGAAUCAAAAUGCAAGUCAGUGUACUGGUUCUUAUUUCAAUGAAAAUCGUAGAAUAUGCGAUCCGAAAGUGCAUUUCAUUACGGGAUCGACUGUACCUGAGGCAGCGGACCAUAAAUCGCUCUUGGAAGGUUCGUCAAAACCUACAGAAUAUGCUCUCCCAGAGCCAGUGCAAACUGGGAAAGAUAGUUUAGUUGCGCAAAAAUUAAGAAUUAGAGCGGAGCAACAGAGGCAAAUAGAUCAGCUAAGACUGAUGGACGAGCUGCGUCAAUUACAACAGCGGAGAGCUGCGUGGCAACUAAAAUGUUCCAAAAUGGAUGGCCGUGCCUUAACACCCGACAGGGAAACUCUCAGAGUUUUGGGAGAGCCCAAGGUUCACACUGCAUUAAUACCCUCUAAGCAGGAUGGUAGGGUGUCAGAACCACCAAGCGAACCAUCUUGUGAUACGUCAUCUAGAGGAUCUGGCCAUGUCGAUCGGAAAUGGCUUGGAGCCCGCACCGAACAGCAGGAGAAACAGCUGCAGGAAUCAACCAUACCGGUAACUUCCAAUUCGAACAGAAGGGGCGGCGCGCAGCAAAUGGUUGAUUUUCAAUGCAGAGCGGAGGAAAGAACUAACUUCCACGACGGACGCUUAUCGCUGAGUGAUCGACAUGAUACAACAGUUCUCUCUGACCCCACGCCUUCCAUAAGAGAAAAGUUGCGCACCGAAAUGAGGGAUGGUGUUCCUGACAGCGCCGUCUGGAAACAAAGAUUUGUGCCUACUGAGGCACACCAGUCAGUUACACUGAACGGGGAGCAGGUGCCUAGAGGGAAUCCGGGAGUAGAAUGCAGUGAGGAUCCAUUGACCAAUUCGUGCAAAACCCAUAAGUACAUGGACGCAAAAACAUCGGGACACGAGCGCAAUAUGGUCCCCGAUUGCACUCAAUUCGUGCAUUGGACUUGUGUAACAUGCAGAGCGCACACUACAUCCCCAAAGUGGAACCAUCCAGGCCACUGUUGUCACUGCAUCCACCAACGGAUGCUUGCUACAUGCGGUUGCUGCCAUUACCCCAAGCACUUCACCACUGCAUCGCCAGGGAGAAUCUCAUUCGGUGGAGAACAGAGGAACCUAUCAACUGACACCAGUGCGUCAGAAUCAUGUUCUACUUCGAGCUCACCAAUAUCUAGUAGCAGCGGACAGAGUGAAGACCUUGAUGUAUCGAGCAUCAGUGAAACUUCGGAUUCGAAGCAACAGCACUAUUAUGCAAUGAGACUGCCCGAAAGCAGCUACGCUUAUAACAAGCAAGAGUGUCUGUGCGUUGAAGGAAACAGACGCCUUCAUCGUGGUCAGCACCAUCAUCAUUUCGAUUGCGAUCCCACACAAUCGAUGGGUUCCGCAUGUUUGCAUUGGUUCCCAACCCCACCGUACUGUAACGGUAUCACCGCUCAGGCGAGACAUGUGCUGUCCUCUGCAUCACACCACCUUUGUGCGCAGCUCUGUCACACGAACAUGCAUGUCAUGGGUCAUCCGACGAUUACCAGACCUCAAAUGUAUAUGACCAAACCAUACACGGUUAAAGAGGUGCAGGGUGGCAUAGCCCCAUCCAGAUGCAGCGUUCGCUUCAAACUGCCGGAUUCCGACCCUGAAAGCGGAGAGAAAUAAAGUGCAGUUCCAAUGCACCAUUGGAAAUCCUUGUAAACAUGACAUCAUUUCUCCCGGUUUUUAUGUGUGCUACUGUGGCGGUUGAGUCAUUGGCUAGAAAGUAGUAUUCAAAAAUCAAAGAGCCAUUUGCAACCAUCUUAUGUAACCUACCCGAUUAGACCGGCGCACGCGCAUCUCCUUACGAGGAUUUCGGUUCCUAAUGGUGCCGACAUGUUUGCUGAAUCAUUCUCAACCUCAUAGGCCCUUUGGAAAGCGCGUAACAUCCUUACGGGCAAACGCAUGUUGAAUAUAUAAGGUGGACACAGCUUGC